GAUGGCGGAUCUGUCUCUGGACGAGCUCAUACGGAAGCGCGGCGUGACGGUAAAAGGGAGGCUUAACACAAGGCCAGUGUUCGGAGGUGUAAGGUCUCGCAUUGGGAUACAGCAAAAUCUUCUAAAUAGACCAUCACCAGCUGUCAGCUUCCAGCGGACGUUUGAUGCCCGACAGAAGAUUGGACUCACUGAUGCCCGACACAAACUGGGGGUUAAAGAUGCCCGUGAGAAACUGGUUCAGAAGGAUGCUCGGUUCAAAAUCAAAGGGAAGGUGCAGGAUGCUCGAGAGAUGUUAAAUUCCCGUAAGCAGCAAAGUGUUACUGCUGAAAAGGUGACCAAAGUGGUGGAUGCCAGAGAGAAGAUCAGCUUAAAAAGAAGCACUCCAGCUGCUAUCAGCCCAACUAUGGGGACAGUAAAUCCAGCCAUGAAAAUCACCAAAACUAUCCAAGUAGGUCAACAGAAGGCUCCAGUUCCUGGACAUUCAAAUACAGCAGGAAUGAGGAUCAAUGUGGUGAACAACCAUACACACAAACAGGGCCUGUUUGACAUGGAAGAUGAUGAUGAAAGUGUCUCUCCCCUUGCUAGCAAACAGAUGAAAAUAACCACCACAAACAGUUUCCUGCACAACACAACUGGGCUGAGUGGCAAUAAAUUCUCUCUGUCCAAGACUGUUCCCCUGACUAAAGUGGUUCAGAAUGAUACAUACACAGCUCCACCUGCACCUCCUUCUCCUAUGCGGACAAAGGCUUUGACAAACAUGUCCCGGACCUUAGUGACAAAGGAGGAGCCACCCAAAGAACCAGCACCUGUCGAGCUGGCAUUCAGUCCUUUGGAAGGCACAAAGAUGACUGUAAACAAUCUGCAUCCUCGAGUCACAGAGGAAGACAUUGUUGAGUUAUUCUGUGUGUGUGGCGCUCUGAAGCGAGCCCGGCUGGUGCACCCUGGAGUGGCUGAGGUGGUAUUUGUGAAGAAAGAAGAUGCUAUCACAGCAUAUAAGAAAUACAACAACAGGUGUUUAGAUGGUCAACCAAUGAAAUGCAAUCUUCAUAUGAAUGGGAAUGUCAUCACUUCAGACCAGCCUAUAUUGCUCCGACUGAGUGAUACCCCUUCAGUGAAGAAGGAAGGGGAGCCACGCCGGUCAAGUGCAAGCGCUUCCUCCAAUCCCCCAGCUGAAGUGGACCCUGACACUAUCUUGAAGGCACUCUUCAAAUCUUCAGGGGUCUCUGCUUCUGUGCAGCCCACAGAAUUCAAAAUAAAGCUCUGAGAAGGGGGGAGCAAGCAUUGGACUGCAGAUCUCAUUGAAGCUGGGGAAUAAGCAGUGCAGGAGUGCAGAUGUCAUUUGCAUUUGCCUGCCUUGAAAUUGUUUGUUUUCUAUGAUCGCUACCUUACUGUACAGUAGUGUUUCCUCUUGUGUGUGUACUUUCUGUUUUCAUAGUUGGAGUUUUCUUCCUUGAUUUUUCUUUCCCCCCCCCCCCGCCUCAAAAUGAAUAACCUCCUCCUCCUGCCAGUAAUGUAUUACCAAGCAUAUACCAUGUAACUCCCUCCUUUACUCCAGAGCCACUAGUGGCCAUUAAAAGUGCACAGAGACUUUGAGGGAAGGAGUGGUGAUCUC